AUGGAGCCGGCAGCGUUCGGCCGCUUGCGGCGCCUCUUGCCCGCCGCCCCGCGGGCCCCGCGGCCCGGCCUCCCGCUGGCGCCGUCCCGCGGUGGGCAGACGGGCGGCGUCGGAGCUCCGCGCCGCGACCUGUACGAGGUGCUGGGGGUCCCAGCCACGGCGACGGCGGCGCAGAUCAAGACGGCGUACUACGAGCAGUCGUUCCGCUACCACCCCGACCGCAACGCUGGCAGUACAGCCGCCGCCGCCCGCUUCGCCGCUGUUAGCGAGGCCUACCGGGUGCUGGGCAGCGCCGCCCUGCGCCGCAAGUACGACCGCGGCCUCCUCAGCUCUGAGGACCUGCGCGGCGCCCCCCAGCCCUCGGGCCGCCCGGCCGCCCCCGCCCCGCCGCCGCCCCGCGCCCCUGCUGCCUCCCGCCGCGGGUCCGUCCCGCCGCCCUUCGACUUCGACGCCUUCUAUCGGGCACACUACGGGGAGCAGCUGGAGCGGGAGCGGGUGCUGCGGGCACGGCGGGAGCAGCUGCGCCUCCGCCGGGAGGAGGCCAUGGCCCAGGGACGCUUCAAGCUCCUCUCUGACCUCUCGGUCGGGCUCAUCUUCUUCCUGGGCUUCGCUAUCCUCUAUGGCCUCAAGUGACAGCAGGGCUGGGCAACCACUGGGGCACCCGCUCAGCUCCACUGCUGUGGCGGGACAGUGUCACCAGUGGGCAUGGCAGCUGGCUGGGGGAUGCCCACACAGUUGGCAGACACUGUGCACGGGGUCUGCUCCUCAGGCUGUGACGUUUCGUCUGCUGGUGUGACGUUCGGACAUGGUACGUGACCAGCAGGCACCAUGCGCGGGCUCUGCUCUUCAGGCAGUGUGAUCUUCAGACAUGGUGCACAACCAGCAGGUUCUGUGUGUGGGUUCUGCUCUGUGCGCUGUGACCUGAUCUCUCUGUUGGCGUGACCUUCAGACACAGAGUGCAACUGGCAGACACAGUACACAUCUGUGAUGUGACCUGCAGACAGCGUGUGACCACUGGAUACCGCGUGCAGGCUCUGCUCUGCAGGCUGCGAUGUGCCCCUGCUGCCAGCGUGACCUUGCAGACAUGAUGUAGAGGCUCAACACGCUGCGUUGUUCCCCCUCUGUCAAUAUGAGCUGCAGACGCAGUGCCUGACAGGGCUUGCCUUGCCGUGUGGUGAGUAUGGAAAUCUUGGCUUCAGCACCCUGGAAGAAUGAAACCUGGGCCCAUGGCAGUUCGUCCUGGUCAGCAUGCAACAUUGCCUGGAGGUGCUGCCCAAAACACUUCUGUGUUCGGAACAGCCUGUCCUGUCUAGGGCUUGCCAGGAACUUUGCACAACACCAUCCUGCACAGGCCUUCGUGGCUGGGAGUGGUACGCUUCAGAGCACUGAGUGGCAUUACUUGUGUUUUGUGUCUAUCUAAGCAUCAUUUGCACAUAAGAGUAUUUGCCUAUUUAAGUAUUGAAGUGUUUUAAGAACUUGUGUUUCCUUGUGUCUCUCAGAGCUUCUGUCUUUCCUUGGGUGAAGGUUUCACCUGUGCUAUGCUGGUACUACAUGGAGUGAGCAAAGCUUCACGGUAUUGAACUCUGUGCCAAAGACUUCAUCUGCAUUACUUUGCACUGGAUUUGCUGGGCCUGGCUGGCAGUGGUCUGUGCAGGAGCCAAGCCCUUGCCUCUCACUGCAGUGACCCUAGGUUGUGUUUUCUCCCAACACAAAUAUCUUAAAAGUAAAUGCCCUGUGUUUUCCAGCUGCGGAGUUCAGUGCUGCUGAACUGAGCCUGAUGCAGUAGCAUGGCAGGGAGUGUAAAGUCUACUGGUACAGGGUAUAUGCUGUACAGGAGAUCUUUCUGCCUUUUCUGGUAAGCAUUGUACCGCUGCCAGCUGCAGACUCCGGACUGCUGUGUGUUCGGAGCAAAUUCAGCCCAGGGGCAGAUCUUUCCAGGAUCCUCUCUGGUUGUCAGUCCAUCCGUCUGUGUGGGAUUAUAGUCUUGAAAUGUCAGCAUGUGAAGAGCAGGAUCCUGGCAUUCAAGGGUAUUGGUUACAGAGUGAAAGUCUCUGGAGUUGUGGCUCUGUGUCACACACUGAUGCAUUUUCAUGCUGGAAUGGGAAGCGGUGGGUACUAGGGAGCAUCUCUGUAGUUCCUGGUGUCAUGGCUUGCAGGUUGUUAAGGCAGCCCUGCCAAACAUGAGGUGUCCUCUGGAUUGAUCUUUCUUAAAUCUAUGUGGUGCUGAGACCUGGGGCUGUGGGCUGUUCCCGCAGGCAGGCUCCAUACCCACCCCUGAGCCAGCUUUGUGGCAGAGAUAGAGUCUGGUUCAGUGCAGUGUGGAGCAGGAGGAACUGAGCCUAGCUGGUGUGCUGCCUGCAUUGCUCUGCUCCCUAACACUGGGACAGGGAAGAGCUGCUCCGGUAAGCCGGCUGGGCUGACUCUCCUGCUCUGUGUCUGGUGCUUGUGUCUGAAAUUGGGGGGUGAAGUGCCCAGGCACCAAAACUGAGCUAAUCCAUGUGCCUUUCAAUGGAUGGUUUGGGCAGUUUGUAUUACUGGUUCGUUCUUCCUCAGGUCUCCAUGAUGUAUCUUGAACAUUAAAGAUAUCCAGCCAUAAA